AUGCGUGGCCCAAAUUCUGUGGAUCCUACUUCUAUUCCUGGUGUAGCCAAAGCCCAUCAGAAAAUCCACACUGAAGAGAAACGAUACACAGACGUGGAGUGUGAGAAAGGUGUCAUUUGUAAUUCAGAUCUGAACAUUCAGCACAGAAUAGUCCACACUAGGGAACAACCCUAUAAACGUUACACAUGUGGUAACAGCUUCAGCCAAAGUUCGUCUCUUCAAGGCCAUCAGAAAAUUCACAUCGGAGAGAAACCUUACAAGGUGUGUGGGAAUGGCUUCAACUGGAAUUCGAAACUGAAAGAUCAUCAGAGAACCCACACUGGCGAGAAGCCGUACAAAUGCAGCGCCUGUGGCAAAGGCUUCAGUCAUAGAUCUGUUCCUAACGUUCACCAGAGAGUCCACACGGGAGAGAAGCCUUAUAAGUGUGAGGAGUGUGAUAAGGGUUUCAGUCGGAGUUCAUACCUGCAAGCCCAUCAGAGAGUCCACACGGGAGAAAAACCGUACAAAUGUGGGGCAUGUGGGAAGGGCUUCAGUCGUAAUUCAUACCUUCAGGGGCAUCAGAGAGUCCACACCGGCGAGAAACCAUACAAGUGCGAGGAGUGUGGGAAGGGCUUCAGUCGGAGUUCACACCUGCAAGGCCACCAAAGGGUUCACACGGGAGAAAAACCAUUCAAGUGUGAGGAGUGUGGGAAGGGCUUCAGUUGGAGCUUUAAUCUUCAAAUUCAUCAGAGGGUUCACACAGGAGAGAAACCCUAUAAAUGUGGAGAAUGUGAGAAGGGCUUCAGCAAGGCCUCAACUCUUUUGGCCCAUCAGAGAGUCCACACAGGAGAGAAACCCUACCGGUGUGAUGAGUGUGGUAAGAGCUUCAGUCAGAGGUCUUACCUUCAGAGCCAUCAGAGUGUCCACUCUGGAGAGAGACCAUACAUCUGUGAGGUUUGUGGGAAGGGCUUCAGUCAGAGAGCAUAUCUUCAAGGCCACCAGAGAGUCCACACCAGAGUGAAGCCGUAUAAAUGUGAGAUGUGUGGGAAGGGCUUCAGUCAGAGCUCACGCCUUGAAGCACAUCAGAGGGUCCACACCGGAGGGAAACCCUACAAAUGUGCAGUGUGCACGAAGGGUUUCAGUGAGAGUUCCCGCCUCCAAGCCCAUCAGAGGGUCCAUACAGAAGGGAGGCCCUAUAAAUGUGAACAGUGCGGCAAGGGCUUCAGUGGGUUUUCAAGUCUUCAAGCCCAUCACAGAGUCCACACUGGGGAAAAACCAUACAAGUGUGAAGUGUGUGGAAAGGGCUUCAGUCAGAGAUCAAACCUCCAGGCUCAUCAGAGAGUCCACACAGGAGAGAAACCCUACAAAUGUGAUGCGUGUGGUAAGGGUUUCCGUUGGAGUUCAGGUCUUCUAAUUCAUCAAAGAGUCCACAGUGAUAAAUUCUACACAAGUGAAGAGUAUAGUAAGGGUUAUCCUUCAUCAGAGACUCCGUACAGAAGCGAAGUUCUAUAA